UGACAACAUAAGCGCGUGCGCCGCUCCGGGCUCACUUCAGCAGCGCGAGUCGCGCGACAGACGCGCUCGAACCCGGGAAUAUGCCACAAACGUCAGCGGAAUGCAGUAAAAUAAGUGUUAUUUCUUAAACGGAACGAGCUGCACCCUACAAAUCUGCAGAACUUCCUAAGGCCGCGUGCUUCUCGAGGGACACCUUAAGACAGAUCUGACCUGCUGUCCCCUGUCUACCGAGGUACCAUCAUCAUCAAUGAGGACAUUAGGAAUGGCUGUGUUCAAGCAACAAAAAGUGGAGGAUUUCUACGACAUCGGGGAAGACCUUGGAAGCGGGCAGUUUGCCAUCGUGAAGCGCUGUAAGGAGAAGAGUACAGGUGUGGAAUACGCUGCGAAGUUCAUCAAGAAGCGUCAGAGCCGGGCGAGCCGGAGAGGCGUUCGGCGAGAGGAGAUCGAGAGAGAGGUGGACAUCCUGCAGGAGCUCCAGCAUCCCAACAUCAUCACGCUGCACGAUGUUUACGAGAACCGCACUGACGUGGUGCUCAUCCUGGAGCUUGUUUCAGGAGGCGAGCUUUUCGACUUUCUGGCUCAGAAGGAGUCUCUGAGUGAAGAGGAAGCCACAGAAUUCAUCAAACAGAUCCUCAACGGAGUUCAGUACCUGCACUCCAAGAAAAUUGCACACUUCGACCUGAAGCCUGAAAAUAUCAUGCUGCUGGAUAACAAUAUCCAACUGCCGCGAAUCAAACUUAUCGACUUCGGUUUGGCGCAUAGGAUCAAGGACGGAGUGGAGUUCAAAAACAUCUUUGGGACUCCAGAGUUUGUUGCUCCAGAGAUAGUCAACUAUGAGCCGCUGGGAUUAGAGGCAGACAUGUGGAGCAUCGGAGUCAUCACAUACAUCCUAUUAAGUGGGGCAUCGCCGUUCCUGGGUGACUCUAAACAGGAAACUCUUGCAAACAUCUCAGGAGUGAACUUUGAAUUUGAUGAGGAGUUCUUCGGCAACACCAGUGAACUGGCCAAAAGCUUCAUCAGGCAGCUGCUGGUGAAAGAUACGAGAAAGAGGCUUAAGAUACAAGACGCACUCAACCACCCCUGGAUUAAGACCCACGAACAGCCAGAGGACAACAGCGCCACCGUAGAGGUGCAAACGAAAGUGGAAUCUCAGCAGUUGAAGACCAAGCGCCUGAAAGAGUACAGCAUUCAGUCCCACUCCAGCAUGCCACCCAACAACACCUAUGUCAACUUUGAGCGUUUCGCUAACGUUCUGGAGGACAUCUCAUUGGUGGAAAUGGGUCUUGAUAAUGUGGCUCAGAAGCGUGAAUCCCUUCAGGACGACGUUGAGGCUCUUCUCUCCAUCUACAUUGAGAAGGAGGCUUGGUAUAAAGAAGAAAGCGAAAGCAUUCGGCAGGAGCUCUCGCAGGUUCGCUAUGAGUUUCGCAAAGCGGAGGGGAUGAGGAAAGGCCUCCAGGAGGAUUUGAGGUCAACCGACGCCAUCUUGGCCAGCAUGGAUGGUCGCUACCUGACUAGAGAAGCCCACCUGAGCUCCCUCAGACAGGAGCUGAACGCAGAACUCAGAUGGUUGCAGGAGGUUAUGGGAUCACUUAACCGAGAGGCUGGGAACAAGGACUUGGGAACCAUCCCAGCUCUGAACAAUGAGGUGAACGAGGCCCUGAAGGAGCUGCUGAGGAGGGCCUGUGAUGGUGAUCUACGUCCUCAAGAGCAGCCAGACAUCUAGAGAGACUAGCUAGUGGAGAUUAGACUGCAGUUGAAUUAGAAUGAAUUAGAAGCAGUGAAUUCAGAGGCAUAGGUGGUACUAUUGUAAAUUGUAAGUUGUAAGUCCCUCAGCAAAAGUAAUAUUUAAAAAAAAUAUUUUAAGGAGGCCUGUCUCUUUUAAGUCUCCAGAAUAUGUCUGUGUAGUCGUUUUGCUUGUUUUUUACAAACUUUGCAGAGAAAGACUUACUAAAAAAAUGUACUUGGUCGUUCUUUUACCAACCUGUCCUUCAACUUCCUCCAACCUGUCCGUAUAGCUCUUUUGCCCAUGUCCCCGAAAUACGACCCAUCAGAGCUCUAUCAGCAACAGAACAUAAAAUGUAUGCACCAUAAAUCAUGAUUUUGCCCUAUUUCUGUAAGGGGUAGGUUUAGGAGUGGGUUAGGUGUGGUCAUGCAUACGAAUUACACCUAGUAAAAUAUGUAAGAAUUACCAUGAGAUCGGUGUAAAAAGUCCACACAUUGCAUUUAAAUAAACACACAUUUUGAUUGGUAAUGACAGUCAUAUGCCAUUUCAUGACGACAGAACCAGUGUACUUUCAGUACUACAAACCAGUAAAAUGCACUACAACCAGUGUGUUUGUAAUUAAGAUGCAUUUAAUGGAUGAGAACGGAAGCUAUACCCAUACAAUUUACAAAUGGCUGCACCCAUUUUUGCAUCAGGAACAAUGUGGAUAGGGUUGUUUUUUUGGAGGAGAGGCACUCUUUUACGCAUUUUCUGGUAGUAGCACCUGUACCCGAUUAUAGCUUAAACACAGAGGCUGUAUCUUAUAGCACUUAGGCUCGAUUUGAGCUUUCUGUUUGAAUUCUACAGACCUUUUCUGAGGCAUGAUUAAUAUUAAUUAGCCAAGUUGAUAAGGUUAAAAUUGUUAAAAAAAGGGCAACCAUCAUAAUGUUGGAUGUCAUGUCUGAUCCCCUCUAAAUUCCUGAGCUUGUCUAUGCACCUUUAUGUUUUAAGAUUUUAAAGAAAAGAAAAAAAGAGUGCUUUAAUGCAAAGCAGCAUUUUUUUUAAGACCGUGAAAUUGUUAAUAUGGUAAAUAUGUGAAGAUUUAAUAUAGCAGUAAACACCGUAUACUAAUAUUAUGAGCCAAGCUAAUAGGGUUUAUAUCCCUAUUAAACAUAUAAAUUAAUGUUUAUUAAUGUCAACAAAACAUUAUUUUGAGACAUGUUUGGAUUUAACUGUACUGUACUGUACCUCAAAAUCUAAGUUUACCACAAUUUUCAUGAAAAAGUCAGUGUAAAAUUGUGUUGUUUAUUUGUUUAUAAGUUAUGCACAUGUUGAUGUUGCGUGGCCUUCAACAGCAUACUUUUGCCUUCACCAUAUUCAUCAAUAUGGUUGUUCUUGUCAUUGUUUCUUUCAUUUCUGGUCAAAUGCUGGCCGAACAUCUACAAAACAUUCUUUCUUUGAACAGUAAUAAUGAUACGUUGAAAUUAUGUCAGCCUUUAUGAUUUCAUUCCAUAUUUAUGCAUGGGUUGUUUUUCUUUUGUUUACAGAUGCCAUAAAUAUGAUUUAUUUCUUUUUUUCUUUAAGUUCUCUAAUUUAUUUGUAAAUGUAUAAAGCACUACAUGCUCAUCGCCCAUUUUAAUUUAACAUUUAAACUGACUUUUCUUUCUUGCACAUGUAAUUUAGUGUAUAUUCAUGUUACUUUGUACUUUAAUUUAAAUCAAAAGUCAUGUUUGUUAUAUGUGUAUUGAUUUGUGAACAUCAGCACUUGGACGUUUUCUUCAGCAUGCUGCUUGACGUAAACUGUGGUAUUAUUUCUUUCCACACUGAAUAAAGCACUGGAUUUAUGAUUAAAGUACCUCGCACUGAUCAUUAGUCCUGCAGCUGGCUGUGGUGCACUGUGGGAUGGAAAGAGAUAAAUUAUACUCGGUCCCUCAGGGGUGUGUGUUUCUUGGAACUUGUGCAAUUAUGUGUUAAGGCAUCACUUUUAAUAUUGCUCAUGCUUAGGGCUAGGACUCUGUGAACACCGAUUGUGCUACAGAUGAUACCUCAAAUCAUGUGGUUUAUCGAGGAAGGGUGUGCUAUUCGGUUUUGUAAGCAAUCAGACUUAAGAUUUUUCACCUGGGGAAGUAUAAGGCUUGUAUUGAGUGGUUAUGACACUGUGGUUGUUUGUC